AUGGAUGAAGCAUUUGUGACAGAAUCAGAAUUCAAAACUUUGGUCUUGGAUGAACGAAACUGUAUUGAUUGUUGUUUUCCCAUCAAUAUCCCAAUUGAUGUUAACCGUUACUCGCGUAUUAAAUUUGAGCAUUCUUGCAAUGGUCUUGUUCUUUAUGAAGUUUAUGAUGUAUCUAAUUAUCACACCAUUUAUGUUGUAUACAAUCCGUCCCUGAAGAAUUGCAGAACCCUUCCUAAACCUCCAUUCAGGAAAACUCGUGUCCCAUGUGUCUUAAGUUUCACUAUAGCUUUUGAUCCCGCAAAAUCAAGUUACUAUGAGGUUCUGGCUCUCUGCGAUACAGAUACCAGUGAAAGUAUAUAUCAUAUUGAAAUCUACUCUUCCAAGACAGACUCUUGGAGAGAUGCAGGAGAUCCCUUUCCUUUCUCUCCACCUGGUAGAUUAUUGGUCUCUGGUAUGUAUUGGAAUGGUUCAGUGCACUGGAUCGAUCAGUGGAGCGCAACUCUUCAUUAUUUUGAUAUUGAAUGUGAAUUAAUGAAGACGCUUGCAAUGCCAACGCAGCCGUAUCCUGAAAGAGAUUAUAGUAGGAGUAUUGUAUACUUUAAAGAGUGCAGGGAACAUAUUCAUCUUAUGGAGAUGCGUAAAGAUGACAUGCCCCGAGCUGACAUUUGGGAGAUGUGUAUGGAUUAUACAGGAUGGAAUGUCAAGUAUAACGUUGAUCUUAGUCCAUUAACAAUUGUAUACCCCAGCAUUCUACUAGAUAGAGAUUUUUCAUUCCGUCGUUUGGGGUUGGAUGUGCUGCUUAUUGAGGAAGGCGAAGAUUCAUCAAGGUUGAUAUUAUGGAUACUGAAUGACAAGGUGAUAUCCUUUGACCUUGAAAAUAAGGGUUUUAAGGAAAUGUAUGAUGUUAGUCCGGAUGUUUAUGUACAGGGAUUUCAAUAUAUGGAAACACUUGCUCAUGCUUGA